UUUUUUUAAAUAUAUUUUAUUUGAUCAUUUCCAAGCAUUAUUCGUUAAAGACAUAGAUCAUUUUCUUUUCCUCCCCCCCACCCCCCAUAGCCGACGCGUAAGUCCACUGGGCAUUAGAUGUUUUCUUGAUUUGAACCCAUUGCUUUGUUGAUAGUAUUUGCAUUAGAGUGUUCAUUUAAAGUCUAUCCUCUGUCAUGUCCCCUCAACCUCUGUAUUCAGGCGGUUGCUUUUUCUCCUCUGUAUUCAGGCAGUUGCUUUUUCUCCCCUAAGAUUCUUAAUUUGACUUCCAAUGAACUUUUUAAAAGGUAUUUUUUCAAAAUAAUUGGUUUCCUUUUACAACCCUAUGUAUUUUAAAAUAUCUUAAAACAUUGUUUUGGGAGGAAAAGGGUGAAUAGGCUUUACCAGACUACAAAAUGGGUCCAAUACAGAAAAAAUGUUAAGAUCCUUUGAUCUAGAAAAAGGCAAAACCAGAAUGGCAAAAUUAACAAAUUCAAUUUCCUGGCUCAUUAAGUUGGUUCUUGGUAUUCCUGCCUUCUUUAUAUUCCAUGAGUUUCUUGUCCUUUAAAGCCCAACUCAAACUUACUCCUUAGGCUCCUUGUGACAUUUUUAUCUUCUAUUUCUCUAAUGCAUUCAUCAUAUUUUACAUAUUAUAGCUAUAUAUGCAUGUUUUGUUCUUCUACUAGACAACAAACUACGAGAGAUCUUGACAUUUUGCCCAACUCCUACCUACAUGGUUCAAUGUACACAGUAGGCACUAAAUACAUUGUUGAAAUUUCCCAAAAUCCCCUUUCCAAGUCUCUCUAACCAGAGGCUAGUCCAUGUGAUUGAGGAAUAAAAGAUAGCUUUUGGGAGGAAAAACUGACCAUCUCCCGUUUCUGAGGACAUUAUCCGGAGACAAAGCUGGAUUCAGAUUUCACCUUGGAAAGAGGAGAGGACCUGUGGUGUAAUGGAAAUGUCUCUGGAAAAACCCAGAAAUAGCAUGACAACAUUUUAAGCUUCUGCUUUUACAGAAGAAACACAAACUCUGGCUGAAUUCAGCAGGGUUCAUGCCUUGCCUUGCGGUUACAGAAAACAAAAAAAAAUUUUUACAAGUUCUCUCAGAGGAAACUUUAGUAAGCACCUUAAGGAGUAACCAUAAUAACACAGUGGCUUGGCUUUUAUUUUUCUGCCCUCAUCAGAGCUUUGUAGUUGCUAAUUAACUCCACGUGCUGUGGGGCGGGGUGCCUGACUGCCCAUUUCAUAGAGAACAAAGUUGAGUCACUCUUAGGACGCUCUCAGAAGUAAAACCAAGACUCACACGUGGACGCGCGGGGAAGCCACCGCCGCGUCCCCAGCGUUGACCUUUGACCUCGGGGCCAAGGCGCCUGCGCAGUAGCAGGAAAGGCGCGCGCCAGGGUUACCCUGGAGGUGAAAGAGUUGAGAGCCGAGGAAGAACCCCGCUAGCCCGGUGCUGGGGGGCCGGGUAACGAAACCCACACCAUCAUGUAACGACAAACCCCACCCCCAAGAAGCGAACCGGGGCGCCAGAAAGGCGGGGGUUGGGGGGUGGAGACGGGAAGGAAAACCAACCGCCAUUUUCCUCCCGCUUCGAGAACGAAACGGACACGCGCGCGCCCCCUCAAUCCUCGGGACCUCCUAAUACCCCAACCCCUUCAACUUCCGGCCGGUCUCGCGAGACUCCAUGGCUAGAAAUCUCGAGCUGUCUUCGUCGUGCUGUACCUUGGGGUUGCUGGUUUGGUCGAGGGGUGGGUGUGGAGAAGGGGAAGAGAGAAGACAGGGAAAGGCGGCAGACCUUGAUUGACACGACACAACCACUAAUGGUGUGCAGGCUUGAAGGGCUCACCGACCAAUUGGCUGGGACGGGCGGGGGCGGAGCCUUGGGGAGGCGGGGGAAGGGAUUAGAAGCAGAGGCGGGCAGGAGACCAUGAUUGACUCGAGGUCUUGGCCAGUAGUGCACGAGUUAGAGAGGCCCAUUGGCCAAUAGGUUGGGACGCUCAGCUAGGGCGGGUGUGAAAGUAGGGAAGCGAGACAGUGGGGGAAGGCAGGCGGCCGUGAUUGACAUGAAGCAAAGGCCAAUGGCACGCGGGCUCGAGAGGCCCACCAGCCAAUGGGCUAGGACGGCCGGACCAGGGAAGGCGGGGCCUGGGGGGGUAGAUUGAUCGCGGCGGCGGCUUCGGCGUUGUUCAGUCAGAGCGAGAACAUUCCAGAGGUCGCCAGGCUCCUAGGUGCCGAAGGGUGUUGCCUCCCCCCGGACGUCGCUGGGACCGCCCCCCCUUCCCCCCCGCUGGUCGGCGGCGGCACCUGGCUUGGGCCGCUCCUCCCGCUCCGCCUCCUCCUCCUCCUUUCUCCUCCUCCUAUUCCCUUACUCCUUCUCCACCUCUUGCUGCUGCUCGGACUCUUGUUUAUACCGCGCCUCAGACACUUCAUCCCAGUCCCGGGCGAGCAGCGUUGGGUUUAUGUCUUUAUUUGACGAAAACGAGCUGUUGCGCAGCCAUUGGUACCUGUAUUGGGGAAAUAUAGCAUACAAGCAAGACGCUUACAGCCUCUGUGGCAAAAACUUUUUCAUGUCAGAGACCGAGAACUCUUGCAGUCGUUUAUGUCAUCCCUUCUUCUCCAGACAGAAGAUACCAAAAAGUUGCAAUCAAAGAUCUCUUCAUCUUAUUGAUAAAACUACUACUAAUAAGCCAAAAUGUCUGUCAACGUCAACCGCAGUGUUUCAGAUCAGUUCUAUCGCUACAAAAUGCCCCGUCUGAUUGCUAAGGUUGAGGGCAAAGGAAAUGGAAUUAAGACAGUUAUAGUCAACAUGGUUGACGUUGCAAAGGCGCUUAAUCGGCCUCCAACGUAUCCUACCAAAUAUUUUGGUUGUGAGCUGGGAGCACAGACCCAGUUUGAUGUUAAGAAUGACCGUUACAUUGUCAAUGGAUCUCAUGAGGCGAAUAAGCUGCAAGACAUGUUGGAUGGAUUCAUUAAAAAAUUUGUUCUCUGUCCCGAGUGUGAGAAUCCUGAAACUGAUCUGCAUGUCAAUCCUAAGAAACAAACAAUAGGUAACUCUUGCAAAGCCUGUGGCUAUCGAGGCAUGCUUGACACAAACCAUAAACUCUGCACAUUCAUUCUCAAGAACCCACCUGAGAAUAGUGACAGUGUUACGGGAAAAAAAGAAAAAGAAAAGAAAAAUAGAAAGGGCAAAGACAAAGAAAAUGGUUCUGUGUCCAGCAAUGAGACAACACCACCACCACCACCACCCAAUGAACUUAACCCUCCACAUGCUGUGGAAGAUGAUGAGGAUGAAGAUUGGGGAGAGGAUACAACUGAAGAAGCUCAAAGGCGCAGAAUGGAUGAAAUUAGUGAUCAUGCAAAAGUUCUGACACUUAGUGACGACCUAGAAAGGACAGUUGAAGAAAGAGUCAAUAUUUUAUUUGACUUUGUGAAGAAAAAGAAAGAAGAAGGUAUUAUUGAUACUUCUGACAAAGAAAUUGUUGCAGAAGCAGAAAGACUGGACGUAAAAGCUAUGGGCCCUCUUGUGUUGACUGAGGUUCUUUUUAAUGAGAAGAUUCGAGAACAAAUUAAGAAGUAUAGACGUCAUUUUCUACGAUUCUGCCACAAUAACAAAAAAGCUCAGAGGUACCUUCUUCAUGGUUUGGAGUGUGUGGUAGCUAUGCAUCAAGCUCAGCUCAUCUCCAAAAUUCCACAUAUCUUGAAGGAAAUGUAUGAUGCAGACCUUUUGGAAGAAGAGGUCAUCAUUAGCUGGUCAGAAAAGGCCUCUAAGAAAUACGUCUCAAAGGAACUUGCCAAAGAGAUUCGUGUCAAAGCAGAGCCCUUUAUAAAAUGGCUAAAGGAAGCAGAAGAAGAGUCUUCUGGUGGGGAAGAGGAAGAUGAAGAUGAAAAUAUUGAGGUGGUGUAUUCUAAGACUGCCAGCGUACCUAAAGUUGAAACUGUGAAGUCAGCUGAUAACAAGGAUGAUGACAUUGAUAUUGAUGCCAUUUAAAACAGUGCAACCGAGCUUACAGUGUAAUGCUUCGAAUUCUCUGCAUUUUCAGCCAGAAGUGCAACAUGUAUGUGCAGAAGCUAAAAUGGCUUAACAUCAUGCUACACUUUGUACUCAAAAUGUCUUUUUACUGUGAGUGGUGUAACUAAGCCCAGUGAGACAUCUAGGGAGUCCAUAUACAUCAGUGCCCAGGUUUAGUUUGCUUAUUUAUAGCAUGUUACUUUGGGGGAAAAACUAGUGAUGGACACAUUGAAUUACAUUUAUUUAGUUGUAAAAAUAAAAAUUUGUUUUUGGUCAUUCUUCAGUUUGUUACUUUGAAUGACUUGAGCCUAAAAUGACACUAGCUUCAGUGUCUAAGCCAGCCUAAAGGAGGAAUGGGAAAGGCUGAGUUUUUUGUGAUCUUGGGAGCUUAUUAGAUUUGGUAUUUCUUGGAGGGCUUCAACCUGGGUGAAAAGUUUGAUAGUUUGACAUUAGUUAACCCUGGUUAGUAAUAAAUGAGGAAAUUGUGAAAUCCCUCUAUUUCUAACCCUUCAAAUUUGGCAUCUGAAAAUUGUUCCUUAGAGUAGUAAAUUCCACCAUAAAAAUGACAGAUAACAACACCUUAUUUCGUUGAGAGUUGAGGGAUAUGAGUGUAAACAAAAGUUGAAAGGUUUUUUUUUUUAAAACUUGAACUGUGCAAAUUUAUGUAUGUUUGCUCCAUGUUGUCAUUGAGGUUUAGUGCAAUGUACAUGUGGGCUAAGCUGAGAAUCUUUUCCAUAUUAACAAAUGGAGUAUUUCUGUAUGUGUAGCAAUUCUGCAGAGUGAAAUUUCAAACUUUUGGAUGUGAUUAAAUAGGUUGACCUAUAACAGCCAAAUCGAAGAUUUAUUUUAGGGAAAACAGGGAGAAGAUGUGCACUAAUCUAAAACAGUGAACAUCACUGAGAUUUUUUCAGCCUUGACCUUGAUAGUCUAGAUCCCCAACUUCAAAAUGUUUGGGCAUUUAUUAUACCUUUUCAGUGUGCUACUUGCCCUGAUGUUUUGGUUUGAUACCUUUCAUGCCUUUUUACAUUGAUAUAGCUUGUGCUGUUUGGAACUUGGGCACUAUCUUGCCAAAAUUUUUAAGAAGUGUUAAUAUGUCUAACUUGAUUUUUCUAAACAUUCUUAUUUAAAAAGACUGAAAUAAAGCUAAAAGCGUACUUUAUAAGUCAGAACCUGUAAUGCAGAGUGUGACUUGGUAUAUUUUUUAUUUUACAUUGACAAUAGCCAGAUAUUCACAAAAGUUUGUGAUGGGUGUUAAGAGUUAUAUAGGUGGGGGUGGUCCCAGCCCAGAUUUUCACGAGAGUUUAUUGACUCCAUAUAUAGUUUGCAGAUUUAAACUUCUGACCCAGACUUAGAACUAUUUCAAAAUAGCCAUCUUUGUAAUGGGAUUUUGCUGUAUCAAAAACUUCUAUGUAAAAGAGAAUGAUUUUGGAAAUUGAAAAUUCAUUGCUGAAAGGUAGAAUCUUUAGGAUACAGACUUUUUUUGUGGAUUGGAGGAAAUCCACCUAACUGACUCCAAUGUAAAAGAAAUAAGUAUGCAAAGGUAUUGUGAAAACACCAGAAUUGAUUAAAAUGUCAGAAAACCUUUUAAAAUUGAAAUGUGCAGGCUGUGACAUAGGAGAUCACUUAAAACAAGCUAACGAGGUUCUUUAAAUCUUUUAUAAGUAUAAAGAAAAGCAUUUCAGUUUUUGAAACACUAAGUGACAGGAAAUCUUGUACACUGGACCAAUGUGAAAUCUUAAAGGGAUCAAAAUGUAACUAAAAUUGAAGCUUCAAGAAAAUAAAAUAUUCACAAAAGGUUAUCCUAUGGAGCAAUUGUAUCCUUUGCUCUCUUCCACUGUCUUUAAAUUUUCCUGUUUUCUUCUACAUUACUUGAUUAUUAAACAAUUACUAUUGA